UCUUCAUAAAACCUCAUAGGAAGAAGAACCAUUCUGAACGCGCUUCUUUUUCCUGGAUGAGAAAUCAGCUUUGCGAGGUUCCUGCGGCCGGAGAUUCGGCGUGGAGGGGAGGAGGAAACGCUAAAGGGAAAUCGGCUUUGCGAGGUUCCUUCGUCAGGAGCGGCGGGAGGCCGAUUCGGGCGUGGACGGGAGGAGGAAACGCUUAAGCUGAUGUUGUCAAACCAUUUCUCUCUUGCUGUGGGCAAGCAGCCCCCCCCUUCUCCUGGCUAGGCUUGCCUAUAGGCUGGUGUCCCUGGCUGUGUAUUUCCCCAAGGGGGAGUGAGACCUCCCGGAUCCAGGCCAAAGAGCUCUGUCCAAAGAAGUCAUGUGGGAGAAUUAUGAGAAUGUGGCCUCUCUGGCAGAUGAUGCGAAGGAUAAUGAGUGUUAUAAUGAGCCAUCUGAGGAGUCAUCUGAAACAGUCAAGCAUGAAGUGGGAAAAGAGACAUUUGAAAAUCUUAGGGGACCAGAAACACAGGACAGAAACCAGUCAGAGAUUUGGAGGACGAAAUACUCUGCAUCUCUGUGUUCAGACCUCCAUGAACUUCCACAAGGUCCCAAAAGAAAGAAAAUGAAACAGUGUCCACUGUGUGGGAAAUUCUUUGCAGACAAAUCAACACUAGAUAAUCAUUGGAGAACCCACACAGGGGAGAAACCAUAUACAUGCAUGGAAUGUGGAAAGUGCUUCAGCCAGAGCGCAAACCUUCAUGGACAUCAAAGAACCCACACCGGGGAGAAACCAUAUAAAUGUGUGGUGUGUGGAAAGUGCUUUACUAGUAGUGGAAGUUUGUUUUUACAUGAAAGAACCCACACAGGGGAGAAACCAUAUAAAUGCAUGGAAUGUGGAAAGUGCUUCAGCCAGAAUGCAAACCUUACUAAACAUCAAAGAACCCACACAGGGGAGAAACCAUUUAAAUGUAUGGAAUGUGGAAAGUGCUUUGGCCAGAGUGCAAGCCUUAUUGUACAUCAAAUAACCCACACAGGAGAGAAACCAUAUAAAUGUAUGGUGUGUGGAAAGUGCUUUAGUGGUAGUGGAAGUCUGUCUUUACAUGAAAGAACCCACACAGGGGAGAAACCAUUUAAAUGUAUGGAAUGUGGAAAGUGCUUUAGCCAAAGUGCAAACCUUCAUGCACAUCAAAGAACCCACACAGGGGAGAAACCAUUUAAAUGUAUGGAAUGUGGAAAGUGCUUUGGCCAGAGUGCAAGCCUUAUUGCACAUCAAAUAACUCACACAGGGGACAAACCAUAUCAAUGUAUGGAGUGUGGAAAGUGCUUUAGUGGUAGUGGAGGUCUGUCUUUACAUCAAAGAACCCACACUGGGGAAAAACCAUAUAAAUGCAUGGAGUGUGGAAAGAGCUUCUGUGUGAGCAAUAACCUUAUUGCACAUCAAAGAACCCACAGUGGGGAGAAACCAUAUGAAUGUAUGGAGUGUGGAAAGUGCUUUAGUGGUAGUGGAAGUCUGUCUUUACAUGAAAGAACCCACACAGGAGAGAAACCAUAUAAAUGCAUGGAGUGUGGAAAGUGCUUCAGCCAGAGUGCAAAUCUUAAAACACAUCAAAUAACUCACAGAGAGGAGAAACCAUAUAAAUGUAUGGAGUGUGGAAAGUGCUUCUGCCAGAGUGCAAACCUUACUAAACAUCAAAGAACCCACACAGGGGAGAAACAUUAAACAUAAAGAAUCCACACGAGAGAAACUAUUCAAACAUAUGGAAUGUGGAAAGUCCUUUAUCCAGACUGCAAAUCUUACUAAACAUCAAAGAACCCAUACAGGAAAGGACCCAUUUGAAUGUAUGUAGUGUGGAAAGAGCUUCAGUCAGCAUUAACGUCUUACUUCAAAUGAAAGACCCCACCCGGGGAAUCAACCAUAUAAUUGCAUGGAAUACGGAAAAAACUUCAGUGCAAGCCGGAGACUUAUUGCUCAUCAGAGAACCUACACCAGAGAAGCCAUUUGAAUGCAUGGAAUGUGGAAAGAGCUUCAGUAAAAGUAACAAUUUGGCUUCAUAUCAAAACCUUCACAGGAGAGAAAUUAUGUAAAUGCCUAUUGUGGAAAGUGCUCCCAUCAUACUGGAAGCCUUACUAAAAGCUAAACAAACCCAUAUAAAUGCAUGGAAUGUGGAAAGGGCUUCAGUGUAAGCAGUAGCUUUACUUCACGUCAAAAAACCCACACAGGAGAAAUAAUGUAAGUGUAUGAAAUAUGGAAAGAGUUUCACUGGUAGUGAAAAACUUACCACACAUGAAAAACUUUACACGGGAGAGACUGUAUAAAUCAAGUCUGGAAAGUCCAUCCUUGAUGGGGAAAGCCUUACUAAACAUAAAAAACCCAUAUAGGGGGAAAACAAUAUAAAUGCUUAAUGUUUAGAAAAGCUUGAGUUGGAGGGGAAGCAUUGCUACUUAUCAAAGAAGUCGUACAAGGGAGCAACUAUAUAAAUGUAUGGAAUUUGGACUGAGGUUUGGACGUAACUGAAACUUGGCAUCAAAAAGAUCAAACUGCAGCAAACAUAUAAACGCCUAGAACUGCCCUUGUUGGAUUCCAACUCUACUACGGCCAACAGUCAGAGAUAAUGAGAGUUGGCACUAUUCAAAGAAUUUCACUAAUGAUGGAAAUUGUAAUACAGAUCAAAGAACCCAUAUGGGGAGAAACACAUGGACUGUGGAAAGAAAUUUAGUCAGAGCAAGUCAUUAAUGAAAAUGUUGAAGAGCACUGGGCCCAGUGCUGAGGCCUGCUGUAUCCUGCUUGUUACCUCCCCCCAGUUUGUGAAAGAACCAUUGAUAGUACCAUUCUGUAGCCAACUAUGGAGCCACCUGGUAGUUCUUCCAUCCAGCCCACAUUUAGCUAGCUUGCUAAUCAGAAUGUCAUGAUAAUCAGAAUAUCAACUUGCCCUUUGGAGUAUGGUUGUGAUUUAUGCGGCAAGAAAGGUUUACCAUUGGGUAUGCACGCUAUAUGGUGCAUGUGUUUGAAGUAUGCCCCCCCACACACACACAUUCAAAGUUCUUUUCAGCAGUGAAGGGGGACUGUGCAUUGAGGUCAAACUAGCAGCAGAAUCUCAGGCUGGGCAGAUUUGAGAAACGAGCCAGUGAGACUAAUAGUAUGUUAGAAUAAUUAAUGGGAGAAGGAGCUAGUGUGAGAAAUGUGUGUGAGAGAGAACCAAGCUUUUAACAGAUCUAAUUAACCAAGAUCUAUAUUAGAAGUUAUAAAAAUAUUCAACAUAUAUUUGGCAGGUGGUUUCCCAUCUUUCCUUUUUUUUAUACUUGACUAUACGCGCUCCUAUUGUUGGGAAUAAGACCCCGUGUGCACCUUCCAAUAUUUUGCAGAUAGCAUUUUUGUAGGAGUCAUGAUAGAGAGGAAAUUUUCUUGUAGAUUUCUUUUGGAUCAUUUUUUAACACAGCUAUUAAGGCAUAAUAACUGGGUUUAGUUGUAGCUGAAAAUUUCAUUAACUUGUAGCCUUUUCUCUUAUUUACGCUUUAAAUUCAGAAAGAAAAGAUUUAAGUGAUGAAUUUUGAAAAUUUGAAAGUGUAUCAAAUUGCAUGUUUAAAUCAGUAUGGUAAUGAAGGGCCAGAGUCUUGUGACAUCUCAGAGACGAACAAGUUUGUUAUGGAAUCAGAGUUUACGUUGCAGGUGGCCAUUUCAGGAAAUGCACCAAGUGUGACCAUUAGUGAGCAGUGGAUGAAAGUGAGCAGUGAGGUCAGAUGAAAAUGAAACAUGAAAAAUACUAGUUGCGACAAUGAAAGCUUAAAUUCAUGCAAAGAAACAGUGGCCAUUCACAACUGCAGAACUUGGUGAUAACUCAAACAUCCUAGUAUUGCUAAAUUAAUUGACAGCUGUAGGGAAUUUAAAGAAGAAAUAUCCAGUAUUACAAUUCAAUCUAGAACUGAUAAUCCCAACUUCUUGUUAAGUUAUAAUUCAGCAGUUCCACUCUGGAUUACUUUUUGAAGACUGGCCCUUUCUGAUUUCUGGUUGCUGUAGCUUUAUUCUUUUGUGCAGAGGCUGACCUGUUCACAGUAGUGUAGUGGCAAAUUCAGAAGUGCAGGGUCCCUUCAUGAUAGUCACAGUCACACACCCUUUUUUGCUGCUGUGUUGAGAAUGAGAUCUUUGUGAAUGCCUUCUCCCAGAACAACAGACGUCCCUAGGAGCCAGUAAGCAUGAAAGAGGAGAGUGUUAGCUAUUGAAAAGAGUCUUCUCUGUGGCUGAUUAACGUCCUCUCACUCUGAUUGGUUCCAGUCAGCAGGAAAGGAUGAAGCAUGUUAGAAGACUAUUCUCAGCUGCUAAUACCGUCUCCUUUCAUGCUGAUUGGCUCAGGAUGCUGGAGACAUAGGAACCCUGCUGGGACCCUACUCCUAAGACUACUACACUCCUGCCAGUUCAUAUAUAGAAUGUAGACUGGCAUUGUUGUCAUUUAAUAGCAUUUAUCACAUUGGAAGAUUAAUGAACCCUUGAUAAUGUGGCUGCCAUUACUAAGCCCUGUGAUCAUAUUGCCUGAGUAGAAAUGGGGACAGUUGACAUCUGUGCUUGUUACAGAUCUUGCAAGCAUUACGAGUGCAACAGCUAUUGUGGCUAUUAGCUGUCCCAGAACUUCUCACUGCUUGGAGGUGGAACAGGCAACCACACAAAUAUUGUGAAUAUGGGGAAAGCUUCAAGCUUGUAAAAUUAUAAAAUAAAAUUCCGUAUUAAAAUACAUGUAAAAUGUAUGUGUCUGGGUAUGCUUGCCUAAACAAAUACUUUUUAGGAGAGGUUGGAAAUGAAUACAGCAAAGGCACUCAACUGAUGUCAGUGGACAGGGAGUUCCAGAGAGUGGAUGCUGCCACACGGAAAGAGAUUCCUUGUAAGUGUGGAAUGAACAUUAUAUGGCACUUGUAAAAAUGCCAGUGCUGCAGAUUGCAGCAGUCCAGUGAGCAUAUAUGGAGUAAGUAAACUAGUCUCAAGCUGUUAAUAUUAACACCUUGAAUUUGACCUGCCAGUGCAGAGCUCUAAGGAGGGCUGUUAUAUUUUUUUAACACAACUAUUAAGGCAUAAUGUUAAGGGUCUCCCCCCCCCAGCACCACUCAUGUCACGGCAUUCUGUGCUUACUGCACUUUCCGGACCAUGCAUAGGGGAAGCCUCACAUAGAGUGCAUUGCAGUAAUCCAUUUUUGUCAUCAAACUGGUCAAGCCAUUCUGGUCCAGGAGGAUGGUUAUGCUGGCUCAAUCUGAUGGGAGUUGUAAUCCAAAAGCAUCUGGAAGGCAUCAGGUGGGUAAAAGUUGCAUUAGGAAAUCUGUCCACAUUCUACUGACCUGGGGAGGGGAUUGUGUGCCUGGAGUUUAAAAUGCCAUACCAGCCUACUGCUUUGCAAAUAUAAUUACAGGAGCCCUGUGAAAAUAAGUCUAUGCUGUCUGCACGUUCAAGAUCUGUGAAUAGUUUCUUCCCCCCUUUCAAGAAAGGACUAAGCAACUGACGUUUUCAGCAGGGCAGCUGAAAGGGGUGGU